UACAGCGUCUUGUCCAUCAUGCCCUCAGACUCAGAAAGCAGCAGCUCCCUCAGCAGUGUGGGUACCACCGGGAAGGCGCCAUCCCCUCCACCCCUCCUUCCUGACCGGCAAGUGAACGAGAAGGUGGAGAACCUCUCCAUUCAGCUGCGGCUGAUGACCCGAGAGAGGAACGAGCUGCGGAAGCGCCUGGCCUUCGCGACACAUGGGACGACCUUUGACAAGAGGCCCUACCACAGACUGAAUCCCGACUACGAGAGGCUGAAGAUCCAGUGUGUGCGGGCCAUGUCGGACCUUCAGAGCCUGCAGAAGCAGCACACCAAUGCCUUGAAGCGGUGUGAGGAGGUGGCCAAGGAGACCGACUUCUACCACACACUCCAUAGCCGGCUCCUGAGCGACCAGACCCAGCUGAAGGAUGAUGUGGACAUGCUGAGGCGGGAGAACGGACAGCUGUUGCGGGAACGUAACCUGCUGCAGCAGUCAUGGGAGGACAUGAAGCGGCUCCAUGAGGAGGAUCAGAAGGAGAUUGGUGACCUCCGGGCCCAACAGCAGCAGGUGUUGAAGCACAACGGGUCGUCAGAAAUUCUCAAUAAACUGUACGACACGGCCAUGGACAAGCUGGAGGUGGUCAAGAAGGACUAUGAUGCCCUGCGGAAGAGGUACAGCGAGAAAGUUGCCAUCCACAACUCCGACCUGAGCCGCCUGGAACAGCUGGAGGAGGAGAACCAGCGUCUGCUGAAGCAGACGGAGAUGCUGACUCAGCAGAGGGACACGGCCAUCCAGCUGCAGCACCAGUGUGCCCUCUCCCUGAGGAGGUUUGAGGCCAUCCACCACGAGCUGAACAAGGCCACAGCCCAGAACAAGGACCUGCAGUGGGAAAUGGAGCUGCUGCAGUCGGAGAUGACCGAGCUGAGGACCAUGCAGUUAAAAAUGGCAAAGGAGUCGGAGAAGUACAAGGAGGAGCGGGAUGCCGUGUACAGCGAGUACAAGCUCAUCAUGAGCGAGCGCGACCAGGUCAUCUCUGAGCUCGACAAGCUGCAGACCGAGGUGGAGCUGGCCGAGUCCAAGCUCAAGAGCAGCACGUCUGAGAAGAAGGCGGCCAGCGAGGAGAUGGAGGCACUGAGACAGAUGAAAGACACGGUGACAAUGGAUGCUGGGAGAGCCAACAAGGAGGCUGAAAUCCUUCGAAAGCAAUGCAAGGCUCUGUGCCAGGAACUGAAGGAAGCCCUCCAGGAGGCGGACGUGGCCAAGUGCCGGCGGGACUGGGCCUUCCAGGAGCGGGAUAAGAUCGUGGCGGAACGGGACAGCAUCCGGACGCUCUGUGACAACCUAAGGCGGGAGCGGGACCGGGCAGUGAGCGAGCUGGCCGAGGCCCUGCGCAGCCUGGAUGACACUCGCAAACAGAAGAAUGACGUCAGCCGGGAGCUCAAGGAGCUCAAGGAGCAGAUGGAAUCCCAGCUGGAGAAGGAGGCUCGGUUCCGGCAGCUGAUGGCGCACAGCUCCCACGACUCGGCCAUCGACACAGAUUCCAUGGAGUGGGAAACGGAAAUUGUGGAGUUUGAAAGGGAGACGGAGGAUAUUGACUUGAAGGCACUUGGGUUCGAUAUGGCAGAAGGUGUGAAUGAGCCUUGUUUGCCGGGGGACUGUGGGAUAUUUGUCACUAAAGUGGACAAAGGAAGCAUUGCUGAUGGCCGCUUACGGGUCAAUGACUGGCUGCUGAGAAUCAACGAUGUGGACCUCAUCAACAAGGACAAGAAGCAGGCCAUCAAGGCCCUCCUCAACGGGGAGGGGGCCAUUAACAUGGUCGUGCGGCGGAGGAAGUCCCUGGGCGGGAAGGUGGUCACACCACUGCACAUCAACCUGAAUGGACAGAAAGACAGCGGCAUCUGUCUGGAGAAUGGAGUAUAUGCUGCUGCCGUGAUGCCUGGAAGCCCGGCCGCCAAAGAGGGGUCCCUCGCCGUGGGAGACAGGAUUGUGGCGAUCAAUGGCAUUGCCCUGGACAACAAGUCUCUGAAUGAGUGUGAAUCUCUGCUACGUAGCUGCCAGGACUCCCUGACCCUCUCCCUCCUGAAGGUGUUCCCUCAGAGCUCCUCGUGGAGUGGCCAGAACAUCUUCGAGAACAUCAAGGACUCUGAUAAGAUGCUGAGCAUCCGAGCCCACGGCACCGAGGUACAGGCCCAGAAUAAACGGAGUCUGUUGCAGCACAAUAACUCCACGCAGACGGACAUCUUCUAUGCGGACAGGCUGGAGGAGAGAAGGGAGCCGGGCCCCCCAGGAGGCAGCAGCUCUUUCCUGCACAAGCCGUUCCCUGCGGGACCCUUUCCCGUCUCCCCCCAGGCCUGUCCCAGCGCGUCCGAGCGCAGCCUCAGCUCCUUCCGCUCAGACACCUCCGGGGAGCGUGGCUACGGGCUGGUGGAUGUGCGCAGCCGGCGACCGCUGCUGCCCUUCGACACAGAGGGGGGCCCCUGCGGGGCGGCAGAGGCCCCCCUGGAUAAGACAGAACCUGAGAGCUCCAGCAGCGGCGGGACCUGGCCCAAGGCUGUGCUCGGCUCCGCGGCAGGGCCCGAGAAGCUCUCUGUUUAUAAGAAACCAAAGCAAAGAAAGUCUAUCUUUGACCCUAACACUUUCAAACGCCCCCAGACUCCCCCCAAAAUUGACUACCUGCUCCCAGGCCCUGGGUCUGCUCACUCUCCCCAGACCUCUAAGAGGGUGGGGCCUCUGACGCCCCCAAAACCUCCCAGGAGGAGCGACUCCAUUAAGUUCCAGCACAGACUGGAAACCAGUUCCGAGUCUGAGGCUACUCUGGUUGGCAGCUCCCCGUCUGCCAGCCCCCCGAGCGCACUGCCCCCUGGCGUGGACCCCGGGGAACUCACGCACACCUCACCCCCUCGCAAGGCCAGAGUCCGCAUUGCUUCCAGCUACUACCCUGAAGGGGACGGGGACUCCUCCUAUCUGCCUGCCAAGAAGUCCUGUGACGGGGACCUCACCUCCCAGAAGAUGGACGAGCUGGGGCAGAAGCGCCGUCGUCCAAAGUCAGCUCCCAGCUUCCGGCCCAAGCUGGCUCCAGUAGUGAUUCCUGCUCAGUUCCUGGAGGAGCAGAAGUGUGUCCCGGCCGGUGGAGAACUCUGCCCAGAGCUUCAGGAAUGGUCCCCUUACUCACCAGGGCACCCCAGCAGGCACAGCAACCCCCCAUUCUACCCUGGCAGGGCAUCUGUGGGUACUGUUCCCCGGAGUAUGACCCCGAGCACCACUGUGAGCUCCAUCCUGAGGAACCCCAUCUACACUGUGCGUAGCCACAGGGUCGGCCCAUGCAGCUCUCCGCCUGUGCCCAGAGAGGUUGGCCCCCAGGGUUUGCACCCCAGCGUCCAGCACCAGGGACGCCUGAGCCUGGAUCUGAGCCACAGGACUGGCAGCGACUACUCAGAGAUGAGAACCUCUCAUGGGUCCAACUCUCUGCCCUCCAGCGCCCGCCUUGGGUCUUCGAGCAACUUGCAGUUCAAGGCGGAACGCAUUAAAAUCCCUUCGACACCAAGAUACCCACGGUCUGUUGUGGGCUCCGACAGAGGUUCGUUGUCACAUUCUGAGUGCAGCACGCCUCCCCAGUCACCCCUGAACAUCGACACCCUGUCCUCAUGUAGCCAGUCCCAGACCUCAGCCUCCACGUUGCCCAGGAUUGCCGUCAACCCCGCGGCCCUCGGGGAACGGAGAAAGGACCGGCCCUAUGUGGAGGAGCCACGCCACGUCAAGCUGCAGAAGGGCUCGGAGCCUCUGGGCAUCUCCAUCGUGAGUGGAGAGAAGGGCGGGGUCUACGUCUCCAAGGUGACUGGGGGAAGCAUCGCCCACCAGGCUGGCCUCGAGUAUGGGGAUCAGUUACUUGAGUUCAAUGGCAUAAACCUGCGGAGUGCCACGGAGCAACAGGCCCGGCUCAUCAUUGGACAGCAGUGUGACACUAUCACCAUUCUGGCCCAGUACAACCCACAUAUGCACCAGCUCAGCUGCCACUCUCGGUCCAGCUCCCACCUGGACCCUGUCGGCGCUCACUCCACUCUCCAGGGCAGCAGUGCCACCAGCCCGGAGCAUCCCUCUGUCAUCGACCCGCUGAUGGAGCAGGACGAGGGCCCUGGUGCCCCCCCGGCCAAGCAGAGCACCCCCAGUUCCAGGAUGGUGGGAGAAGCCAACAAGAAGACCCCAGAGCCGAGACUUGUCUUCAUCAAAAAGUCCCAGCUGGAGCUUGGCGUGCAUUUAUGUGGAGGGAACCUGCACGGGGUGUUUGUGGCUGAGGUGGAGGAUGAUAGUCCUGCCAAGGGCCCCGAUGGCCUUGUGCCAGGAGACCUCAUCCUUGAGUACGGCAGUCUGGACAUGCGUGGCAAGACGGUGGAGGAGGUCUACGUGGAGAUGCUGAAGCCCAAGGACGGUGUCCGUCUCAAGGUGCAGUACCGCCCUGAGGAGUUCACCAAGGUGAAGAGCCUGCCUGGUGACAGCUUCUACAUCAGGGCCCUCUACGACCGGCUGGCCGAGGUGGAGCAUGAGCUGAGCUUUAAGAAAGAUGACAUCCUCUACAUUGACGACACUUUGCCUCAGGGCACAUUUGGGUCCUGGAUGGCCUGGCAGCUGGACGAGAAUGCCCAGAAGAUCCAGCGUGGGCAGAUCCCCAGCAAAUACGUGAUGGACCAAGAAUUCUCCAGGAGACUCAGCAUGUCUGAAGUCAAAGACGACAACAACGCCACAAAGACGCUGUCGGCAGCUGCACGCAGAUCCUUCUUCCGAAGGAAACAUAAGCACAAACGCAGCGGUUCCAAAGAUGGGAAGGACCUCCUGGCCUUGGACACCUUUUCCAACGACACCAUUCCACUCUUUGAAGAUUCGGUGAGCCUUGCCUAUCAGCGGGUCCAGAAAGUAGACUGCACCUCCCUGAGGCCCGUCCUCAUUCUGGGGCCCUUACUGGAUGUGGUGAAGGAGAUGCUGGUGAACGAGGCGCCCGGCAAGUUCUGCAGAUGCCCCCUUGAGGUGAUGAAGGCCUCCCAGCAGGCCAUCGAGCGGGGCGUCAAAGACUGCCUGUUCGUCGACUAUAAGCGGAGGAGUGGCCAUUUUGAUGUGACCACGGUGGCUUCCAUAAAGGAGAUCACAGAAAAGAACCGGCACUGUCUCCUGGACAUCUCCCCCCAUGCCAUCGAGCGGCUGCACCACAUGCACAUCUACCCCAUUGUCAUCUUCAUCCACUACAAGAGCGCCAAACACAUCAAGGAGCAGAGAGACCCCAUCUACCUGAAGGACAAGGUGACUCAGAGGCAUUCCAAAGAGCAGUUCGAGACGGCUCAGAAGAUCGAACAGGAGUACAGUAGAUACUUCACAGGGGUCAUCCAGGGAGGAGCCCUGUCGAGCAUUUGCACUCAGAUCUUGGCAAUGGUCAAUCAAGAACAAAACAAAGUCCUGUGGAUUCCAGCCUGCCCGCUGUAG